AAAUCAUUUUUAAAUGGCACUAAAUUAUUGGAGUUGUUUUGGAGGCCAUUCUUAAUUGACUUCUGCAGGUAAACCAAAGGAGCUGGUCUGUCUUUCACUUUACAUUAACAUUCAAUAGCCUGUAUUGUCAUUACUCCACCCCACUCCCCAUUGCCAGCAGGUGCAUGUUUAGACAUUACCUUCUUUGAAAAGAAAUUCACUCAAGCUUUGUCACUUCAGCACAAUUUGUUACAUUGUCCAUUAGCAUUUUAUGCUCCGCUUCUCAAAGGAUAACUGCAAUUAAGAAUUUGACAAGAGACAUCCUAAGCUUUCUGUUGUACUCUUGAUUUCUACCUUUCAUGGCUGGUUGCGUAAAUUGCUGGUGAAGUGCUUCAAUAAUGUCAUUUCAGUAUAUGCUUCUAACAACUGUCUGCUGGGAUUUGUUGACACCUUAAAAAGAAUCUGUCCAUACUCUUUAAUUUUCAGCCUCUAGCAUUCUAUUUUGUUUAUUGUUCAAAAUAAAUGAUUGUGCAAAAAGCUAUUUGCCAAUGCAAUUUAGUCAGAGCAGUAAGUGUCUGCUGUUUUGGUUAAUUUAAAUAGGCAUAUUCAGUUCCUUGGCUGGAACUGGCCUACACAACAAUAUGCACAUUAAACCCAAACUACAAAACUGCAACUCAGCCUCUUGGUCUCAAACAUGCUCCUUAUCAGUCUGAAUGUUCUUGUGUCUCAAUGGUCAAAUCUUAAUCCUGUGGGCUCAGUAAUGUGUAAUAUGUGGCUAUAAAAUCCACCAUAUUUGGGGAUAAGCAGAAGCUUCUCAUAAUUUAUCCAUAGCAACAUGGUGUUGGGAGUUUAAUUCAGUGACAACCCCAAAAUGUCACAACAAGUCUACAAUGCUGCCAUACAAGCUCUUAUGAUGGAUGUAUUGUGAAAACUGCUAAGGGAAAGUAUUUGUUGGGGUCUAACACUAUGUAACCACUUAAUAAUGUAAACUUGGUCAAGUGUUCCUUAAAGGCCUAAUAUGCCUUUAAGAUCGAUCAAGUUCAACUGCAAGGCUGCACUUCAAUAACCGCUAAUGGGUGUAUGAAGCCUUUUGGCAACAUUUAUUAUUUAUUCACCUUCACUAUUUUAAAUGGCAUCUUAAAAACAUCUCAUGGGCCCCAGUAUUAAUAAACCCUCCUUUAGGUUUGGAUAUAUAACAGCACACGGGACAUGGAGAGCAUGAUGUGGUACCCCUUCAAUUUACAAAAGGAAAGACUGGGUCCACCUGCUCCGGAUUAUGUAAUGCAUCAAAAUGUAAACACAGGCAGUGUUUGACAUUGGUAAUCCUUGUCUCCAGCCGCCUCAGCUGUACCAUUGCAAACAGGGCUCUCUUUCAGUGGUGGUAAUUAAAGCGCUUUGAUUCAGCUGAACAAAAAUGUAACAAUUAGUCUCAGUGAAUAAUCAAGUAGUCAAUAAACUUAACAACUUGAUACAAAAAAGAAUAUUGGAAUUUUUUACUGUAAAUAUCUGCAAGCUGAAACUAAGGAAUAAGGCUGUGAACCACUGAGGUUGUGUAAUUAAAGUUCCUGUCAAACCUCUAAAAGUCAGAAAUUGGCACAUAUAUUUAAUCAUCUAAUGUGACUUAAAUGGGAACUGCUUUACUGCAAAAUAGCCUAUAUUUGGCCAAUACCUCCAAUUCUUCUAAUGCUGUAGUCUUUUUAUUUCUUUACUAUGGAAACAGUUAAGACGAGACACAGCAGUUUAUAGAAUAAAAAUCUAGUAAAGUUUUGAGAAGUGGUUAUUGCUGAGUUUCAGAUGACCUAACAUAGACUUAUGGUGGCAGCUAAACUUAAUAUUGUUAAAAUGCAGAUUUCCCUUGCAAUACAGCAAUGUUUUGAGUCUAAUUGCAAACAGAAAUGAUCAGCUUCAACAUUUAUAAAUUUCCGCUCUGGAUAUUUCAUGGCAAAUUACAAUGUAAUCAGCAGGGAAAAGUAGCUCGUUCCCCUCAUCUGGGAGUAUGACAUCACAUUGUAGAAUCUGAAAAUCACCAACGUAGCUUACUUGUAAAGGUUAUAGUUAGUAUUCUUUAUCCAAUUCCAUCCACUUCUUGUCUGUGUUUUGAGUAAAUAAAAACCUAUUGUAAGCUAAUUACAACUAAAAAUAGGAAGGGAAUAAAAAGUAAUAAAUUAGGCCACUAGUCAUGCGCGGAAAUAUUUUUAUUGCACGUUUUGGUGUAGACGACCGCACGGCUCCUUUUUCUGAGAGACCAAAGCUUAGUCCUUACUUAUGUCCUCGCUGACAGUCAACGGCUUGUCACUGCAAAGCUUUGCCAAAUAACCUACUUAAGGCUGACUCUCCGAGGCGAGCCAGCAGCCUAGCAUGAGGAACGUGGAGGGGACGUAGUCAGAUUUUGGUCCUCCUGAGGUCUCCCCGUCUAUAUAAGGCUCUGCUCGCGCUCAGACUUCACGCAGUUCUCAUUUUGCCUCAGGAACAGCGCCAACAAGCUGCAGCCGCUGAUCAUCUCUGCUCCCACUAAGAAAGGCAGCGAUACAGACGCGGUUUUGGAUAUUAGCACUUUGAGGUCCAACAUUUGGACAGCAUUUACAAGGGCCUCCCCAUUCUCCAGUCCAACGUGACACUGACCUCCAGAGUUAUGGCUUAUAUUGUCCUGCUCUACGUGCUAACGUGGUCUUUCAUGGAGAGUGCUUCGGUCUUCCUGCCUGACUCUCCAGAGCUGAGAGCACUGUUGAGCCGAUAUGAAGAUGAGGCACAAGACAGCACCAGCCACACACCUGUCAACCGGACGAGACGAGCCAUCCGCUGGUCUGACCGUGAAGAGAUCAUCCAGCUCCAUAAUAAGCUGAGGAGCGGUGUCUACCCCACUCCAUCCAACAUGGAAUAUAUGGUGUGGGAUGAGGAGUUGGAGCGCUCAGCCACACACUGGGCAGAACAAUGUGAGUGGGACCAUGGACCUCAUGACCUGCUCAGAUCCAUAGGACAAAACCUGGGUGUUCACUGGGGCAGAUACCGAUCUCCUGCCUUCCAUGUCCAAGCCUGGUAUGACGAAGUGAAAGACUACACCUAUCCCUACCCUCAUGAGUGCAACCCUUGGUGUCCAGACCGCUGCUCUGGGCCCAUGUGCACCCAUUACACUCAGUUGGUCUGGGCAACUACAAGUCGUGUGGGCUGUGCCGUUCACGUGUGUCCAGAAAUGAAUGUGUGGGGAGAAAUCUGGAAGAAUGCUGUUUAUCUUGUGUGCAACUAUUCACCAAAAGGUAACUGGAUCGGAGAGGCACCCUACAAGCACGGGCGCCCCUGCUCUCAGUGUCCCCCUAGCUACGGAGGGGGGUGUCGGAACAACCUGUGCUACAAAGAUUCACAGAUUUCUGAAACAGAAGAUAUGAAUGAAGUGGAGAAGCCCCAGGUUCCUUUGCCUCCUCGCACGACACCUAAACCAACUGUAAAACCCAAACCUCCAGCAAGGAAACCAGUGUCCAGACCCUCCUCUCCCAAGAACAGCACUCCCAGGACACCAGCAUCUACCACUCCUGGCCACAGCUUUUUGGGUAUAACACAUAAUAUCAAAUGUGAGACUAGACUGCGAGACAAGUGCAGAGGAGUUACCUGUAAUCGAUUCAAAUGUCCUGCUAACUGCCUCAAUAAAAAGGGAAAGGUUUAUGGAACACUAUUUUACGAUGUGCAAUCAAGCAUCUGCAGAGCAGCUAUUCAUUUUGGUGUCAUUGACAACAAUGGAGGCAUAAUUGACGUCACAAGAAUGGAGAAAUUUCCUUUCUUUGUAAAAUCCACAAAACAUGGUGUAGAGUCUUUCAGUAAAUAUAAACCUGGAAAUGCAUUUGUGAUGGCCAAAGUACAAGAAAUUUCUGUGGACUGUUAUACAACAGUGGCUGAAAUCUGUCCUUACAAAAAGCCGAACUCACAUUGUCCAAGAAUUUCCUGUCCAGCUGACUGCAAGAACCAGCCUUCUUACUGGUCACCUGUGAUUGGAAACAGCAUUUAUGCAGAUCACUCAAGUAUUUGUAAGGCAGCCAUCCACGCAGGAGUGAUCAGGCCUGAUGGAGGUUUGGUGGACGUCCUGCCACUGGAUAAGAGAAAGAGCUUUGCUGGCAUUUUAAAGAAUGGCAUCCAGUCUGAAAGCAAAAGUACCACAGAGGGAGGGUCCUUCCGUGUCUUCACCGUGAGGCAGUGAGUCCCCUUCCUCACCUCAGGAGCUCCUUCAUCAGCGCCUCCAUUCAGGGCCAUUCAAGUCCAUGCAUUUUUAGAAGAGGCCCAUUGAGUUUGUACACUUACAAAAGCUAAAUUUCUUGCACAGAAAUAACUUGUGAAUGCAGAAGGUUUUGACUGAUAAUGACAGUCAUUGUAGAGAGACUCUCCAUGCAUUUGUUUUCAGUAUAUGUUUACAUGAAUGAGGAUCAAAUGUAUAUUGUUUUUUUUUGGAAUGUAUACCAGUUACACUGUAUUUAAUCAAUGUGUACAAACAUUGUAAUAAUUAAUUAUUUUAGACACUUUUGUAAUUAUUUUCUGAAUAUGAGGCUAUUUUUGAGCUUGUCCAAACCAUUCACUAUUCCAGCUUUUACAUAGCAAGUAUUUAUAAAUUAGGUAAAAGCAUCAGUGCCUUUUAUAGAAGGAAUAAGAAGGCAGCAGGCUGCUGUUAGAUAAUAAUUUGUGUUAGAGUUCUGCAAAUAUACAUUGGAGACAGCAGUACCAAGGAGGAUCCAUUGGUACAUAACUGUUGGGGAUAACAUUUCUGUCUUUGGUUUUAUUGUUUAUUAUUUUGACAGUUUUGCACUUAAUUAUUUUUUAUCUGUCCUCUGCAUCAUUGGUGGAAAUUGAUUCUUUAUGAUUGUAGGCACGUCCAAGUAUAUGGAAGUAUAAGAAAGAUUACAAAAUAUAUAUACCAGGUACAGUUUUUUAAAUAUUUACUUUUUUACCUAUUACUAGACAUGCCACAUGUCAUUUAUUAUGUUGUGUGUUAUUCUUGUCAUCCUACCUCAAUCCUUGAGCUAAUGCUAAACAAUGGGUCUUGAAAUGGAAAGCAUUUUGUAAAAGUUCUGGAAACUGUAAAUAGAUUAUUUUUUAACAUAGUUAAAUAGUUAUUCUUUAUAAAAUUGGUGUAUUGUUUGU